UGGAGUAUAGCCAAGUGGUAAGGCAUCGGUUUUUGGUACCGGCAUGCAAAGGUUCGAAUCCUUUUACUCCAG